AUGUCUGACUACUUCGACCGCCCAGAAUCCACUCUCCUCAUCCUACAAAGCAUGGACGAUGAGGACAUCUCCAUGCCCGAGUCCCCGUCCUGGGAGUCGGGCACUAUGACGCCUGGUCAGUCUGCCUUCGAGAAAGACAAGGUGUCUAUGCAGUCAUACCUCGACUCGCUUCCCUAUGAAUGUGAAUCUAUCGACGAGAUGCGUGCGAAACUCGACCACAUAGUGUCCAGGAUUUGCAUCUGCGUUGAAUCCAAGAACUGGCUUGUUUUGACUACUUGGGACGGUAUGCUGCAAUGCUGGCUGCUUAUGCACUACCCGAUGCCCAAGACCACGCGUGCUAAGCUCGUGCAGCUUUACUACGAACUAUGUCUGGUGCCGGGAAUAGAGCCGCGUGUUGUCCGUAGUUGGGCAGACAUGCUCGCCCGGCUAAUUUCGAACAAGCCAGAUCACAGACGCAAGCUCGAGAAUACCGAUCUACAGCUUGAUUGGAGGCCACUCUGGCGUGUACUCCAGAAAGAGCUAUGGCCGAAGAAGAGGCUCCAUGACGUCUCCCGGAAUAUGAUCAAUAUACAGUUGUAUGUUGCAGAACAGUGCAGGCGAUAUUACCCUGCCAAUGAGAUAGCCGAGAUGCUAGCAACAUUUCUACCACUUGUCACGAAGGAAACUAUGUUGACAAUGUUCCCUGUUAUCACUUCUUUCUUGCCACCCACACAUACCGAGCUAUAUCUCCCACCGUUGUUCAAGCUAUGGGAAGCAAUCAACUCCUCGAUCCUCGAUGAUCGCAUGAUUGACUUGUGCGGAGAUCUCUCCGAGGAGCAUGUCGCUGGUAAGCUCGGAGAUGCCGGUGAAGAAGGUGGAGCUGCAUGGAAGGACAUUGGCAUCUGGAGUGAGAACGAAUGGCACAUUCUUGCGAACAAGGCUCUUGGGUCGAUGAAUGUCCCUGUUGGUGCCACUCGUGGCGCAAGUACAACGGCGUCGCACGCGGACCAUAUGGCAGACAAGCAGACAUUGAGAAUACGCAAGCCCAUCAACCGAGCUAAUGGUUUAGCAAAACUGUUUGUUUAUUCCAUGUGCCUUGAUGGUCCGGUGCGCGGCGAGGUCACCGCGGCGUCCCAAGGCUCGUCUAUGUCUCCGCCACCUACUGGGUUCCUUGCUGGCAGUCGCGCGCUCGAUGCAUUGGAUAAGCUAAUUACGAGCACGGAAUCAUUCUUCCACCCCUCAAAUUCUGGGCCCUGGACUCUGGUUCUGACGCUAUUCUUACAUCGCGUAACAGCUGAGUUCUCAAAGCGUUGGAAAGAGGAACAGGAGCAAUCCUGCAGAACACCCAUUACACGUCGUCUAACUCCCGAUAUCCGACGUGCAUUCGUCACCAUCUUGCGCACUCCCGCCUUGCUAGCUAUGUUCUCGAAGGAUCCGUUCUCGAUCAGUUACUCACAAGCCGCGCUGCGCUCCUUGGCGUUCAUCGAACCCAGUCUCAUCAUGCCAGAGCUUGUCGAACGUGCUUACAGCGGCCUCGAGGUUAUCAACGAGACCCAUCGCACGACGGCCGUUAUGACGAUGAUGGCCGCCGUCGCGCAUCCGCUCGUCUGUGAGAAAGCGUGGGUAGGAGGCCAGAAGCACGUCGUGACACUGCUGGAGCUGACACUCCCUGGCAUCGACCUUAACGAUCCUAUCAAGACAAUGUGUGCCGCCAUGUUCAUUGCCUCGGUUGUGCAGUAUAUCAAGAUCGGCGACAUCUCGAUGCAUCAGGCUGGCGUUGCCCUCAGUGACGACGCACCGGCUGCAGAGGUGAUGGACGUUGAUGGUAGCGAUGCAGUUCCGUUACCUGGGGGUCUCGACGAGCACGGUAUGCCCGUUCUCAGUAGGGAAGAGGAGCGUCAGCUUGCUCGAGAAAGCACAGCUGGUUUCGCCGACUGGGUUACAUCUCUGUUCAGACGUAUAUUUGCGCUAUACGAGAACCUUCCUGAAGAAGGAGGAAAGAGGAACACCACUGGUGGCAAGACAGAAGAGGGCGUCCUGAAAGCUGUUAAGAGCAUGCUCGAUGUCGUCUGCCUGAAUAUGUCUGAUCAGCUCUUCGAUCUCGUGUUGAACCUCGUCUAUGAUUAUGCUACUACUAAUGCGAAGUCUAAUGCCGUCCGGGCGUUUGGGCAACUCGUCUCAUGUUUGGCACGGAUACGACCGGAGAAGACAAUCGACAAGUUCUUGCCGUACUGUAUAGCCCAGAUACAGGAAGAGUUGAAGCAUGGCGCGUCGAGCACCCGGACGACGUCUGUCCAUGCGUCUGUUCCGUCCGACACGACUUUGCAUUGGAACAUGGCAAUUCUUCGCGGAUGCUUCGGUUAUGGUGCUGAAGUGUUCCUGAAGUACAAGGCACAAAUCCUUGGAUUAAUGUCACUGCUCAUUGACAAGUGCAAAAGCGAGCGUGGAUACAGCGGGACGGGGCGGCUCAUCAACAGGAUUAUGUAUACAAUGACCUCGGCGUAUCCUAUUCGUGCCCGCUUCCUUGACGCGGACGAGUGGAACAAUCCAGAUGUUGCCCAGAAUCACACUGCGCACUGGGGCCGCUUGUAUGAUCCUCAGGACGUCAAGAUUGAAUGGCAUGUAUCUUCCAAGGACGAAGUCGACUUUGCGUUGGAAAUACUGGACAAUAUUGCAGGUCCGGCCCUGGACAAGGUCGAGAGUUUGACCGCCAUCGCUGGCAAAUGGGAUGAUGUCGCUCGGAAUGACUUUUGCCGUUACCUCCACGCUGUUCGUUCAGUGUGGAGCGGGUUAUCAAACCUGUUUCAGGAGGGCCCGAAAGAAGUGGUAAACCCAUGCCUGGAUCAGGAAACGGAGGUCCCAGAGCUUCUGUUGACGCAUUUAGACGUCAAAGCAUGCUUUGUUCUGACAGACCCCCAUGACCCACGGUACCAGCGAGCAGUGGCCCAUCGACUGAGAUACGGUCGUGUCAUACACCAAGCAGCUCUUGCACUACAGAAGCCAAACGGAGGUGAAGACCACAUUGAUGCCCUUAUCAGCCUAUCGAAAGCCAUAGAUGUAUACCUUUUGGAGUACGCUAUGACCAGGAGUAACUUUGACACUCUGCGGAAGUCGUAUGCGCAAGCACGAGAGCAAUUCAACUCGCAUGUGGUCGAAGCAGAGAGCCACACCGAGGAUGGUCCUCAUCAGACGAGCGCACGCCUAUCAUGGAGGAAGAGUAUACAUGCACGCCUUAUACCGUCGAAGAUCACAAGCUCAGGAGACAUGCUCAAGCCAUUUUCCACAACGCAUGCGGCGUCAUAUUUUGUACGUUCUACCCGGAUGUCUCUUCCAUUCCUCUUCGAAGCCCUAUCCCGAGGGACGGAUCCAGACCGUAUGAAGGGUGCUUUGUAUGUCUUGUGGAACAAAGGUACAGCUGCAUACGCGUUGGCAGACACAAGGUCUCACGGACGAUAUCUUGUUUCGUUGUUGGAAUGUCAGCACCAGGAGAAGCCUUCAAUUCAGAAGCUAGUGGGCAAUCUUGCACAGGAUGCGGCGGUGUACCUGACAGAGGAGGCCACACACACGGGCGCUUUCCUCGAGAAUAUACCCGGAGUCAUCAACGCCUUGACUGCUUUGAAGGAGGAGUAUCCUGUGACUAGUGAAGAUCAUAGGAUACUUGCACAUGCUAUUCAAAAAGUGCCCGGCCGCGCUGCAGCCAAAAACCGGCAUCAUGAGGAUACAGUGUCCGCAAUUUUGCAAAUCGCCGACAAACCUAACAUCCAUUGGCGUUACGUCGAAAUUGCGACGACGUUUAUCUCGGGACUUCUACGCAGGGACGCGGCUCCCUCACCGGAACUGGCGGCAUUUUUAGUACAGCAUAGUAUCAGUCCACACCCAACAAUAAGAGUGAUUGCUCAGAAGGCUGUGUCCAGGAUGACCUGUUAUAUCAAGAUCCGCACAUUCGCGAAAACGACAGAGGAGCUGUGGUUGGAUGAAUGGCAUAACCCUCUGCGGACUACUGUGACUAUUUCUGAUCCGACUGCCUUCUUGCAUGGCCUAGAACAGCCUAUACGUAAACAAGGAGACGUAGAGGAAGUGUAUGUGGACAAGAUCACGACGGGAUUCUUUAUGUGGUCAUCAUCGGUGAAAGCUUAUCGAGCCGUACAAGGGCAGGAGUCGUCAUUUUCAUGGGAGCAGGCAUCAAGGCCCGCGCUUGACGCUAUGAGCGCGAUACUCAAAGAAGGCAACUAUUUCAAUAAGCUAGCUUUGCUAUGGGGUCAGGAGUCGACCAGGAAUAAUUCUACGCCUGAAUUACGAGCUGAUAAUAUUGUAUUCAUGAAAUCGCUGGCCAAGACUUUCGAGCAUCGAUUUGCUCAGGCUAUCCUCACCGUUGUUCAACCUUUGGCAAUAGACUCCGACCGGUUCAAACAACGCGCAGCUGCAGAGAUGUUGGCUGGCGUAUUGCGGGGAUCGAAACACUGGCCUCGAAGCUCGUCAGAUCUAGUAUGGACAUGGAUGGCUUCGCGUCUGCCUCUGAUAUAUGCGAACCUGAAACCGGACACCAUCACGUUUUGGGAAGGGAUGUUCAGCGAACAACUAGUCGAGAGAGACCCACGGCGUGCCAAACCCAUCGUUGACUUCAUCAUAUCUCUACCCUUGGAGUUCCACGGCGAUUCUACUUUUGCGAUGUACAAGUCGCUUUCUCUAUUCACCAUUCUGAUUGAAUCUCUCGGCUUGCGUUUCCUGCCAUACAGCGCUCGUUAUGCGAAUCUCUUUCUGGACAACGCGAACACUGGUUACGCAGAGACGCGCUCUCAAAUUGCUCAGAGCUUGUACACGGUUGUCACCACCGAAUGGCGACCUGUCUAUCCAUCUGCGGCAGCCUUUGUACAGGCUUGUCGGGCUGAAGUAGAUCCUCUACGCAUCAGGGAUGCAAAAUACAUGGAUCGUAUCAUGCAAAUUGUUGAACAGCUCCCACAUUGGAGAAAUGAACGCCUUCCUCCCCCAAGAGUGAGCCAGUCGCAAUAUGACAAGGUAGGACUCACAAUCCUGCAAUGGAUUUGGGAGUUCUCGCAUGGCCCGCAAGCUAAUCUCAUUCUCCCUUACGCUGUGGCUUUAAUGCCUGAGAUCCUGCGGAUGUCUGAACUCAAUGACAGCUCGGAGCUGCAAAAAUAUAGCUCUGCUGUUUUAUACGUGCUUUCAGCAGUAUCUCCGCCAACGGAUUAUAUCGUCGUCAUCAUGAACAAUUUCAUUGAUCUCAUCAAAUCGUCCACGUCAUGGCGCGUCAGAGUCAAUGCAUUGCCGACACUGCUAGUAUUCUACUACCGCAACCUGAUGAGCAUACCCAGCAAUCUAGUAACCAGGCUUAUGGAGGUCUUACUUGAAUGCCUAAGCGAUGAAAACGUUGAAGUCCGCGAGAUGGCAUCUAAGAUGUUGUCCGGCGUUGUCCGGUGUUCGCAGCGGCAGAGCAUCGUGCCAUUGAGGGACCGCUUCGUGAACCUUGCCCGCAAGACGAAGCUGCCUAAUCGGCAACAUCCGGCACACGCAGAAUCACUUCGAUUGUUACAUUCUGCCAUUCUUGGUAUAUGUGCACUAAUCGAAAGCCUCCCGUACUCUGUGGAACCAUGGAUGCCUCCUUUGACGGACGUCCUAGCGACGCAUGCGACAGACCCAGCGCCGAUCUCCACCACUAUACGAAAGUGUGCUUCAGAGUUCAAGAAGACACAUCAGGACACGUGGCACAAGGACCAGCACGCGUUCGACGAAGAUCAGCUGCAAAACCUAUCCACCAUGCUUAUUAAAAUGCUCCACGACUCUGUCACGAACCCAUCUAACCAGACGACUUUCUUCGCUCAGCACUCUGACGACAUCAUCUCCCCUAACCAAGCAAAAACCAACAACAACCUCGGACUCAACUCUAGAGACAUGUUGCCAGGGACUCGUAGGGCGCCUUCAGGACGAAUGCAAACAGGUACGUCACGUUCCUCCUCGCUCCCGCGUUGGGAAGUGAAGAAGCGCACCUUGUCAGCCGAGCUGUCAGAGCGGAGCGUGCUUUCUCCCUCAAGCGGGAAUAACCGUUGGAGAUUCAAUGGUAACGGCCAACUUGUAGAUUCUGCGACAGCGGGCUGGGAUCUCGGGGACGAGAUUGGGAAGAUGCGCCUCGGUGACAACGGUGACGGCGAUGAGCCUCAACUCCAUACUCCUCCUCAGUCCAAGGCACACGCAGCAGCUUUGGUCCAAUUCCAAGAGGCGUCUCCUCUUGAGACAUCGUCUGAGGCCAGCAUCGAAUCAGGCUCGUCUACCGCGAUAGACCGCCAAGUCAACUUGAACCAUUCGCGCGAGUCUUCUGCCGACACUAGCCAUUCUGGCCUGUCGUCCGCGAGCCAUACUUUGCGAAACGCCACGCUGACACCUCUAAAAAUUGGUGUCGUCGGAGAGUCCAGGAACAGGCCGCACUCGUACAGUGGAGGUCUCUCUAGUACGGACCUCACUCGCCUGCAGCAAGUCGGCGGUAGUCCUGCCAGUAAGGGCGAGUCUUGGAUCUCGCCCCAUGGUACUCCAGAGAGGCAGCCACAGGCUGAUCAGCCGACUUACCCGUCGCUUGCUCAGGCGGGUGCGGCCCGAUUGCAGCAGGACCAGCAACAAUUCACGCGUGAAGACUUCAACGCCGACUACCAGCAACGCCAAUUCAGCCCGCAGUCUGCCUACCCUCAGGGCAGGACCGCCAACAACGGCGUAUCCAUGCCAUAUCGCCAGCCUGCGAGGCAAUUCAACCAGCAGAUCCCGGUGCAGCCCGUUAUCCCGAGCCCGACGAGCUUCGGCUACCCUGCGCCGCCGCCACCGCCGCCUUUGGCGAUCUCCAACCCCCAGCAGCAGCUGUACGAUAUGAUGCUCGCGACGCCGCCGCUCGACAACGCCACGAUUGCGCGCCUCCAGCAGCAGCACAAUGCGUUCCGUAAUGCUCACCAGCACACCGUCUCCGACCCGGCGGCCGUUCGCGACCCCGCUGCCUUGGCACUGCUCAACAACAACCUGCAGGCCUUCGCAGCCAGUCAGUUGUACCCGCCCUCCCUUGCGCCGCCGGCCGCGCUGUCGAUGUUCGCAAACCAAUUUUAUGGCGCCCCGCAGGAUGCAUACUCCUCACCGGAUCUCGCGGCCGCUCAAUUGAUGGCUCGGUUGCAAUCCCCGUACGCCGGGGCAUAUGGUGUACCGUUGCCUGGGCAGAACAUGCCUCUUGCAAACCCUGCCGUGGCAGCAGCAGCAGCUGUGGGCGGUGUGGGUGGGUUGAAUGCCGGGCCGAGCGCGAAUAAUAGGAAGCUUGGUCUGUACAAGACUGAGCUCUGUCGAAGCUGGGAAGAGAAGGGCACCUGCCGCUAUGGAGCGAAGUGCCAGUUCGCGCACGGCGAGGACGAGCUGCGGAAGGUCCAGCGCCACCCUAAGUACAAAACGGAGAUAUGUAGGACCUUCUGGGUAUCGGGGUCAUGUCCCUACGGUAAAAGAUGCUGCUUCAUUCAUACGGAGCUUCCUGCUUCUGGCGCGCCUCCAGGCGCGGACGGAGCUCCGCCACCGCAGGUCCCUCAUGGCCGCGAUCGCUCUGGCAGCACCAACAGUGACCCCAAUGAGGUAUCCACCUCCUUGCUGGCACGUAUCUCUGCAAAGCGUACACAAGAGGGCACCAUCAAUUCUAACACGGGCAGCGUGAGCACGACCCCGCCGUCGAGCGGCUUCCAGCUAAAUGGACGCCCCGGCGCCCUGCGCGUGGACACAUCUGUCCUGGACUCUGCAGCAAGCGCUAAGCAAAACAAAUCGGCAUAUCCGACGUUCGCGCAUAAUGGCAUACUCAUGCCUGCAAAGGAAGAGGUCACUGCUCGUUCUCCUGGUCCGGUGACCGCGGGCCCUGACUUUGGUCGGCACGCGAGCUCACGGUUGGAUAUUGUGGGCACUCAGCGAAUCGGCAAAAAUACCGCCUCGAGCCCUAACGUUCGCCACUCAUUCAACGGCAGCGACAUUCAGCUAGAUUUCAGCACCACCCCAACGGCAACGAAUGCGCCCUCCCAGCUGGGCUCGUCCCCGGAGAUGCCGAAGAGUCAGUCGCGCAUCAACGGGCACGUUCGCUCGGGUAGCGCUGGCAACUGGGCGGGUGCGACGCGAAGCAGCCACCUGACGGCGUAUCCGCUGUCGUCGAUUCCGGGCGGCGAGGUCAAGGCGAGCUCGCCUUGGGCUGAGUAUUCUGUAGGCUCACGUCUCGUGGAGAAGAAUUGGCUCUAG